GUGGAUGUGGGCGGGGCCUCGUCGCGAUGGGCGGGGCUUCCGCGCCCGCUGCCGUCGCCCGUGGAGACACCGGGAGCGGCGGUGGGAUCAUUACAUCGAUAAAAUCAGAGCAAGCCGGACAGGUAGCAAGUCUGCCUAUGUAGAACUUCCCUGCUCCACUGAAAAUGUCUGGCAAAACAGCCACCACGACCAACAACAUUGCUCAGGCCCGAAGGACUGUGCAGCAGCUCAGGAUAGAAGCCUCAAUAGAGAGGAUAAAGGUGUCCAAAGCCUCGGCAGACCUGAUGCUGUACUGUGAGGAACACGCCAAGAAGGACCCGUUGCUCAUGGGCAUUCCUGCUUCUGAGAACCCUUUCAAGGACAAGAAAACCUGCAUUUUGUUAUAGGAGAGGGGCAGCUCCUCCCCAGCCCACCUAGGCAAGGCCAAGCACCAACACUCUGUAAGGUCCCAGCCGUUCCCUGGCUCGGAGCGGCUGCUCUUUUACCAUGUGUCUAAGUCCUUAAGCUUUCCAAAGCAUUCCUUCUGAUCCUUAUCUUUAUUAGGAAGCUGAAUUCAUGUCUUUCCUGGACAAGGGAAUGGGAGCAGCACUGGGGUCUCUGCACAGGGGGGUCCUGGUUGCAUUUGCCAAGUCAAACAAGACCAAAGUUGCCUGAGCUUUGCUGAUAAAGCAGAGGCCAAGUCGUAGAGACCUGAUGAAACAUCACUGGGUUUACAUUUUUUUAAAUGAUUAAUUUUUUUUUGGGGGGGAGGGGGGGUGUGCCUGUGCUGGCAGCACCAGUUCGUGCACAGGUAUGCUUAAAGUGCAUUUUCUAGCAAAAAAACUACCUUGCAAAAUUAUUGUAGCAGCUGCUGAGGAGCUCCAGGGAGCUGUGCCACAGCCUUCCUCCUGCUGGCCUCUCUUCCCAGUGGAGAGUUGAGAAUCAGAGACCUGCAGAUUGCUUUUUCUGCUUUUUAAGAGUUGAAAAAGCAGAAUUUUCAGCUUGGAUUCUGCUGCUCUGCAUUUGCCUCUCUAAUUUAAAAUCCCUGUUAGUAUAAAAACCAUCCUGUCAAAAGAAUGGAAGUCUGGAACUGCCCUGGCAGGAAAGAACGCUGCCCUCACUCGCAAUCCCUGUCACAUUCUGUGCAGGGAGUCAGAAUUUGACUCUUUUUUAAAAAAAAAUUCAUUUUUAAAGGGGAAAAAUGCCAAAUUAUAUUCAGCUUGUGGUUCUGCAUUUAUAAAUGGAGGGCCUUUUCAUCAAGUAUAUAUUUUAUAUAUACACAUAAUAAAAAAGUCUUUCUUCGUGU